CGUGGAAAUGGGAUGCAAGAAUUUGGUUUAUCUUGUUCAUGAAACCCUAGCUUUGAUCUCCAGGGUUCAUCCUUGCACCAAAUUGAGUUUGUAGAAGUAGAACACUAUUGACUUGUGGAUAAUGAGGCCAUUCUCAUUGAGCAAGGGACAGUUUUGCUCAUCAUCGGACGACGAAGAAGACGACAACGAUGAUUCAAACGCUGAGGAAAAUUCCGAGCUGAAAUCAUCCACCCUACGAUCUAACGACGAAUCUUCUAAAGUUGGGAGUUGGAAGCGAAAGAGAAAGGGCAUAGACUUCGAAGCUCUGAAGAAACAUGGAUACAAAGGUGGAUUAUCUGUUCUGAAAGUGCCGGAUCCGAAAGUAGGAGACGAGAAACAAGAUUGGUCGUGGUCAAACGGGAAGGAUGCGCGUUCAGGGGAGAAAGAAGAAACAUAUCAUGACCGGCUUAAGACAAGGGAUGCACUUGUUGAAGCAGAGCAGUUGGUUCAUGCUCGUACUCAGAAAGAGAAAAACCUUUCUUUCUCACAGAAGGAAAAGAGGAAGAGGGAUAUGGGGCAGGCUAGCAGAGGGAAGAGCUAUGUUGAAGAGGAGAAGAGGUUGCUAAGAGAGAGUGGCAUUUACUCAGGUUUUGAUUCUUGAUUCAUCUCACUUUAGUUAUUUAUUAUGGGAAUGUUAUAUAAACAAAAGAAUGUGUGGAUUUAUAAUGUCUUUUCAAAUCCAGUUUAUGUGCAAGUUUUUAGUCCAGUCCUCAUUGUAUAUCAUCACCCUAAUAGCAUGCUUCAAAAUCUGUGGUGUUCUAAGAAAUUUCUUGUCUUGCAAGUUGCAAGACUUUUAAAAGAAGAUGCAUCUUGUAUGUAUGUGUUACUACAGCUCGUGUUCUUAUA